AUGGGCGACACCGAACCCCCCGCAAAGAAGAAGUGUCUGGGCGUCGACUGCGAGAACGAGGCCGGGUCUCUGCAGUGCCCGACAUGUCUGAAGCUGGGCAUCAAGGGCAGCUUCUUCUGCUCGCAGGACUGCUUCAAGAAGAGCUGGGCCGACCACAAGACCAUGCACAAGACUGCGCAGGGCAAGUCCCAGAACGGUAUUCUCCACAGCUUGAUCCCUCCCAAGGUCGUCUCUAAGCCUGAUCCAGCGACUGGUUUCUUCAACCCCUUCCCGACCUACGCCUUCACCGGCCCUCUGCGCCCCGUCUACCCGCUGUCGCCCAGGCGCCCUGUGCCCAAGUCCAUCCCGCACCCCGACUACGCCGAGACCGGCAUCCCCCGGAGCUCGCGCCUGCUGAACCGGAACAAGAUCGAGAUCCUCGACGCCAAGGCCCAGGAGGGCAUGCGCAAGGUCUGCCGCCUGGCUCGCGAAGUGCUCGACAUUGUCGCGGCCGAGCUGAAGCCCGGCAUCACCACCGACUAUCUGGAUGAGGUCUGCCACAAGGCAUGCGUUGAGCGGAACUCGUAUCCCUCGCCUCUGAACUACAACCACUUCCCCAAGUCGAUAUGCACAUCGCCGAACGAGGUCAUCUGCCACGGCAUCCCCGACCAGCGCGUGCUGCUGGACGGCGACAUUAUCAACCUGGACGUCACGCUGUACCACGAGGGCUUCCACGGCGACCUCAACGAGACGUACUACGUGGGCGACCGCGCCAAGGCCGACCCGGACGCGGUGCGGGUCGUCGAGACGGCGCGCGAGUGUCUGGACGAGGCCAUCAAGCUGGUCAAGCCGGGGACGCUGAUCCGGGAUUUUGGCAACGUCAUCGAGAAGCACGCCAAGGAGAAGAACUGCAGCGUGAUCCGGACGUACUGUGGCCACGGCAUCAACAGCAUCUUCCACUGCCCGCCAAACGUGCCUCACUAUGCCAAGAACAAGGCCGUGGGCGAGUGCAAGCCGGGCAUGACCUUCACCAUCGAGCCCAUGAUCGCGCUUGGCAAGUACCGAGAUGUCACCUGGCCGGACAACUGGACCAGCACCACGAUCGACGGGAAGAAGACGGCGCAGUUUGAGCACACGUUGCUGGUGACGGAGACGGGGGUGGAGAUCCUGACGGCCAGGCAAGAGAACUCGCCGGGCGGCCCGGUAGCGAUGCCGGCGGCGCAGAACGGAACGGCCAGUGGCUAG